AUGGAUGAUCUGACUUUGCACGGUUUUCAUGGGGACAGUCUUCCUCGACCCUCCUCCCCAGACAAUCUGCAUGCUCUGUUGGAGGAUGUCGAGAACUUCAUCCCUGGUAGCAAUGAAAGAACGAACUCGCUGGAACAGCUGAGGAGUGCGCUUGUUGAUCGUUCUUCCAUGCUGAAACCCAAGGGGUUGGGCGAUCAUGACAUGUCUCGAUCUGGCACUCGAACAAGGGGGGGGACAGGAGCUUCCUCUUUCCUGCAUGGAGGAGUAUCCCCUGACGAUACACACAUGCUCGAUGACCUUUACGGUGAAAGCACCGGCGGCAUGUCUUCUAUCCCGGAGCAUUCUGGCACCGAUGGGUUGUGGGGUCCUGCGCAUACACACUUUGAUGCGAGUGAGUAUGACGACAUCGAGGGAACUUUUCAAAUGGAUGAUAUAGGAGACACUCUUCCCCCAACCAUGCCUACGACGUACUCUCAUCUACACUCGAGGGCAACCACGACGAUCUCUAGCGCAGCAACGAAGCAGGUGCAUGAGUUGCAUGGGGCUACCAGCGCCUCGAUACAGUCACACUCGGCGGGAACAACAGCUGCACGAAUCAUUGGAGGUCCACAUGUAAACCGCUCUAUCCCUGGAUCUCAGACUUCAAGCGCUGCUGCUGCUAUAAUUCAAGAUGUUGGCUUCGCCGCGGUGGCUGCUGGAGUUCCUGGUGCUGCUGGAGUACUGAGCGGAAACUUGAAUAUCGGGAAAUCAGCUGCAUCAGCCGCUGUGAGAUCUCCAGUGGCAAGACCUCCGUCCAAGACGAAUGUUCAGAUGUCAAAUUUAGCUCGAGAAGAACAAGCUGCUAUUCCACAUGUUUCUGCAGACGAUUUGGGUGGAGCACCGGUGGUUCCGAUGCAGCCUGAGCCUGAUAAACGCUUAAGCCACAAGGAAGUUGAACAGCGUAGAAGAGAGAAAGCGAAACAGUAUUUUGAUGAGUUACGUGGGCUGCUUCCGUAUGGUGGCGAUAGUGCCAAAUUCGAUAAAAAUGCCAUUCUGCACCAUUCAAUCGCAUUAAUCAAGCAGCUUUUAAGCGAGUUAGAACAGGAAGAGGCAAGCUCUGCGAAGACUGAGCAGGAACCAGGGACUCCAACCAUGGCUGAAUUUCGAUGUUGCUUUGAUGUAACGCGGCAACCAUUAUGCUUCACGGGGCUGGAUAGCAGGAUAUGGGAAGCUAACACUGCCUUCUGCACUCUGCUUGGGUAUACAAGGUUGGAGAUUAGUGGGCUUUCACUGCUCAGUGCUACCGCUCCUGCGGACACAGAAGCUUCUUCAGAGCGCUGGCAUCACAUGAUUAAUUCGCCACAGGCGACUCCGGUGUCCUAUAUGUGCAAACUGCAAAGAAAAGAUUCACAACAGGUCUCUUGUAAUAUCGAUUUGAGCAUUGUAAGGCGGAACGGCAAAGCACACUGCUUCCUAGUGGCCGCGAAUCCGAGCCUUUGA